AUGCUUAGUCCGGAACGACGUCCUUCAAUGGCUGAGCGUAGACCAACUAUGUUUAGCAGUCAAAGUCAUAUAGUUGUCCCACACCUGGCUGGUAUCGAGGACCCGUUGCCGGAUAGCACUCCUGAAAAGGUGGAUGUGCUUAUCGUCGGUACGGGGAUGGUAGAGAGUGUUUUAGCUGCAGCCUUGUCGUGGCAGGGCUCAAACGUUUUACAUGUGGACAAGAAUGACUAUUAUGGUGAUACAUCGGCUACACUGACGGUGGACCAAGCUAAAAGGUGGGUUAAACAAGUCAACGAAGGAGCUUAUCCUCAAUGUUAUUCCAAUGCCAAGCUGUAUGUCUCGACGAGUAUUGCAAACGGCAAGGGGAAGUACGCUUCGAGAGAUUUUGGUUUAGAUCUCGCACCCAGAAUUUUAUUUGCUAAGUCUGACUUGUUAUCCAUUCUUGUCAAGUCUAGAGUGCAUCAAUACUUGGAGUUUCAGUCACUGUCGAGCUUCCACACCUACGAGAAUGACUCCUUUGAGAAGUUAACGAACACCAAGCAAGAAAUAUUUACAGACCAGAACCUGCCGCUUAUGACUAAACGCAACUUGAUGAAAUUUAUCAAGUUUGUUCUCAACUGGGAAGAUCAGCCGGAGGUAUGGAAGGCUUACUCAGAGAGGCCAAUAACUGAAAUACUGGUGGAUAAAUUUAAGCUUGAGAAGCCUCAAGUUUUUGAGCUUAUGUUUUCGAUAGGUUUGUGCUACAACAUGAAUACCAAGACACCGGAGGCUUUGCAAAGGAUCCGCCGUUAUCUAAGCAGUUUCGACGUGUAUGGUCCCUUCUCGGUGUUAUAUUCCAAAUAUGGUGGUCCGGGAGAGCUAUCACAAGGGUUCUGCAGAUCUGCAGCUGUUGGUGGUGCGACGUAUAAACUAAACGAGUCAUUGACGUCUUAUGACCCAAGCACUAGGGUUGCCUAUUUCAGCGACGGUUCAAAGGUCUCCGUUUCCGAAAAAGUCGUAUUAUCACCCACUCAGGCACCAAGUUAUAACCAGAACAUCCCCAAGCAAGAGUACGAAAUUCACAGGUUGACGUGUAUUGUGGAGAAGUCAUGCGAGGAGUGGUUCAGUGAAGGUGAGUCUGCAGCGGUUGUCGUCUUCCCUCCUGGGUCCUUAAAGUCAGGCAACCAAGUAGUGGUUCAGGCUUUCAUCCUUGGACAGGGUAGUGAAACCUGCCCUCAGGGAACAAGUAUAUGGUAUUUGUCCACCACAGAGCAAGGACCACGUGCAGAGAUGGAUCUUGAUGCCGCACUGGAGGCUAUGGAGGCAAGUAUACUGAGAGAAUCUUCGUCUGACCUGGAGAACGAUGAGUCGAUUCUACAAAUAGGCCCCAACGGAGAAGCAAUGAUCAAUUCUGUGAGGCUGGGCCAAUCAUUCAAAGAAUACAUCCCAAGGGAGAAUAUCCAAUACCUGUUCAAACUUUACUACACUCAGUAUACAUCCACUCCACCUUUUGCGGUUGUUGAACCAUCCUUUUUCGAAAUGAACAACAACCCAUCCAAACAAAUGGUUCCUGGGGCUAGCGAUAACGGUGUUUUAUAUACUGCCAUGCCAUCCGCCGAGAUAUCGUACGAUGAAGUGGUCACUGCUGCCAGAAUACUGUAUGAAAAAAUUGUGGGCAGCGAUGACGAUUUCUUCGACCUGGAUUUUGAAGACGAUGACGAUGUGCCAAUCAGCAAGGAGGACUACGAGAACGCCAUAGAAGAUGACGAUGAAGAUCAAGACAUAAAUAUGGGAGUAGGUAGACAUGGGUCAACCGAAUGCGUUGGCGAAAUGGAGAUAUGA